AUGGCGGAAUGUCGUGAUUUGAACGGCUAUGUUGGAGCUUGCCCACUACAUUGGUGGGGACUUGCGGUGAAUCGCCGAUACGAGACCAUUUCACUGGAACAGAAGGUGAUAAUCCGACGCCUCAGUGAUUACAAGGUUCAGGAGUUGAAAAACGAGUGCAAAAAGAGGCAGUUGCCGGUCUCAGGUGCGAAGCCGCAACUGCUGGAGCGAUUACGUCCAUUCGAAAAGGCCAUAUUGGGCGUAUCGCCACCUCUGACACCAGAACCGGUGCAGUUCACCAACAGCGGCAUCAACAGCAGUACGGCAGUAAGCUCUAUGCAAGAAGUUCAUCAACAGCAGCCUGUACAAGAGGUCGUCCAUGGCACCGUCAUGCAGACUCCGCCAGUUGGUGAGGACCCUUGA